CUCGAUAACUGAAGAACUGGGCGGAUGGCAAAAGGUUUGAUAUGGGCGACUGCAGAGGAUUUGGCAAGGAACAGAGGACGUGUUAUAUCUCUUUAUCGUCACAUACUGCGAAGUCUUAACUCGCCAAGUUUGCCUCUUAAUUUAGCAGAAAGACUGGCUAAGAAGGCUGAAGUUCGUGCGAUCUUUAUGCUGGGAUCUGAGGAGACAUCAGUACAUAACAUUGAAGACCUUUUCGACACUGCUGAAUAUGCUCUCUCCAUCCUCAAAAAAGGUGAGAUCCCAAAUACGAGGAAUCCACUCUGAGGAGGGCUACCGCCUGACCGUGAACUUGGAAAUGCCUUGCUUGACAGUUACAAGGGAUGUAGAAUUGUCUCAGCCUAUGACAGGUUUCUGUUCUAGUUAUCUUCAAUUUUGUACAGUUGGCUUAUUGAGAUGGGGGAACAGAUGUUUUAGGUUGUCAAUAAAACAAAUGUUUGUUGGGAUUAACUCAGUUAAGUUAUUUACUCCUCGAUGGACUGGAAAUUAAGAUUUGGAUUUCUUUUGGAUCCUACUGCACUACAUCACCAUUGGAUAACUCUAUCUCUUUGGACCUCA